GUGUAACUGCGCGCUUGCCUUUGUAGGAGAUCCACAAGAAGGUGAUGUCUCUGCAGUUCAGCGAAUGCCACACGAAGAUCCGGUACGUGGACGCCCAUGCCACCCUGAGCGACGGUGUGGUGGUGCAGGUGAUGGGAGAGCUUUCCAACAAUGGGCAGCCCAUGAGGAAGUUCAUGCAGACGUUUGUGCUGGCUCCUGAGGGUUCUGUGGCCAACAAGUUUUAUGUGCACAAUGACAUUUUCCGUUACGAGGAUGAAGUUUUCGCAGAUUCUGAGGCUGAACUUGAUGAGGAGUCUGAGGAAGAGGUCGAAGAGGAGCAGGAGGAGAGACAGCCUUCUCCCGAACCAGUCCAGGACAGUCCCAGCAGCACCACCUACUACGAGCAGCAUCCUGUUACUAACGGGCUGGAGGAACCCCUGGAGGAGCCAGCCCCGGAGCCCGAGCCGGCGCCCGAGCCCGAGCAGAAGAGCGAGGAGCUGAAGCCCGAGGCUGAGGAGAAGGUCCUGGACGAGCUAGAGGAGAAGUCGCCCUCUCCGGCGCCCGUGGAGUCGUCCCCUAACCCGCAGGAGGCGCCCAAGGCUUUCUCCUGGGCCUCAGUGACCAGUAAAAACCUGCCUCCUAGUGGUACAGUCCCUUCCACUGGAAUACCACCCCAUGUUGUUAAAGCACCAGCCUCACAGCCCCGCGUGGAGAGCAAACAGGAGACGCAGGCCCAGCCCCCGCGGGUACGCGAUCAGCGCACCAGGGAGAGACCCGGGUUCGUCCCCCGUGGGCCCAGGCCCGAUGGUGUUGCAUCAUCAGAAACGCAGGCCGGAAAACCUCACUUCAGCUUCAUAAACAAAGGAAGAGGAGAAUCUGAACCCAGUGAAAUGGAUAACAGAAGGAUUGUGAGAUAUCCAGAUAGCCACCAGCUCUUCGUUGGCAAUCUCCCCCAUGAUAUAGAUGAGAAUGAGCUGAAAGACUUCUUCAUGACAUUUGGAAACGUAGUGGAACUGCGCAUCAACACCAAGGGAGUCGGGGGGAAGCUUCCCAAUUUCGGCUUUGUUGUCUUUGACGACUCUGAUCCCGUGCAGAGAAUCUUGGGUGCAAAGGUAGGAGGGCCCAUCAUGUUCCGCGGAGAGGUGCGGCUGAACGUGGAGGAGAAGAAGACCCGGGCCGCGCGCGAGAGGGAGACGCGCGGCGGGGACGACCGCAGGGACAUGCGCCGCAACGACCGAGGCCCCGGGGGACCGCGCGGCAUCGUGGGAGGAAUGCUGCGGGAUAGGGAUGGGAGGGGCCCCCCCCCGAGAGGCGGGAUGGCCCCCAAGCCAGGCCUGGGCUCCGGCAGGGGGGCCGGCCAGGGCGAGAGCCGCUUCCCUGCGCAGCGCCGCUGAGAUCGCCACCUGCAGUUUGGAAGUAGUACCACGUUCUUCAUCUUUGCGUUCUCGUUAACGAAAUCUACAUAUAUAAAUAUAUAUAUACUUUUUUUUUUGGCUUUGGAAUGUGACAGCCCGUCAACCAUUUCUUUGAUGUGACAAAAAAAAAACGCAUUCGUUUUUUUUUUUUCAACUUUUGAGCUGAACGUCCUUGUCCGGUUUCUCAAGGGUUCACAAACCUAAUUUAUAAUUUAAGAGGAAAAAAAAACAAAAAACAAAUCUGCAAUGUGAAAAAGAGGGACUGAAAAAAAAAAAGAGACUUAACUUCAAUAGUACAGCCCGGCGUCAUUUGGAGAAGAGAUUAAAAACAAAUGCCUCAAGUUUAAAGGGGGGGCUGCUCUCUGAAUCUCUCUACUGCACAUUUUGUAAAAUAGUAAUCUGCCCAUUACUGUUGGAAACAAGUGGUGCAAAUUUGUGCAAUUGGAAAGCUUGCCGUUUUUUUUUUCUUUUACGAACACUUUGCUUUAAACGGUGGAAAAAAAAACCAUUUUGCAUUUAUGCACUCAUCAAUAUGCACUAAUGGGUACUCUUGUCAUUUUACAUUGACAUCUGUGGGACGAGGCAGGAGAACACCCUACAGUUGUCUCUUCUUUAGCUAGACAAAUAACAGGGCAGGACCUGCUCCAUGCUCGCUGUGACCAAUAUACUUUUCACAUCUUAACCCUUAAUUAACUAUGCUUCAGUUACUGCUGGAAAAGAAAAAGAGUCUUUAUUUUCAUGUGAAUUAAAUUAAUAAAGAUCGAUCCUGGACUUCAACUGAAAAAAGGAUAACCUGAACACUAGGAGAGAUUGAUGGCUCACUUUUAUUUUUAAUUUAAUUUUUUAUUUACAUGGUUUCCUAUCUGCCCAACUGCAAUACAGGGAUGGCUGACUCUCACCCCUUCUAAGAAAGACCCGGAUCACAAAAUAAAUGUACAGCAAAAUCAGAUCUUACUGUAUGUUUUUUUUUGUAAAGUUGAAAAAGCAUGAUGGUGCCUUCUAUUACAUCAUUCCAGUCUCACUUGCGACAUUGUGCAGUGUGUUGCACAAACUGUUUUGAACGCCAAACAGCUGCAGUUGUGUAAAAUCAUUGACGUUUCUCUUAGUAAGUUGCAGUAUCCUUGUGAGACAAAGGAUUGCUGGUAUGCAUUGAGUAAAGUGUUGGACAUUGUCAAUUUAUUUUGAGCUAAGGAGAAUUGCUUGGAUAUAUGUGCAUUGAUUUACACAUUUGUUUAUAGUGUGUUUCUGGUUCAAAGGAUAGUAGCAUUUGGCUCAAGAAAAGGUGCCUAAAAUUAGUUUUUUUAUAUAUAUAUAGUAAAAUGUUAUGAGCUUGAAAAAUUUCCAAUGUACUUUUUUUCAAGUGCUUUAUUGCAGCUAGGCAAGGAUACUGCAUCUUUGAUACCAAGGAAAAGUGGCUUUAUAAAAGGUUUACUCAAAAGCCUGAUUGCAUUACGAUUGCGAGAGGUCGACCCAGCCUGAAUGCAACAGAAGGUUAAUGUUUCAAGUCAGCACUUCAGUUACUGAUGGUUGGGCAGAGGAAAAGAAAGAGAAUUGCACUGUUUGUGAAAAGCCUUGAACUUGGACUGCAUGGACCCGAAAUAACUCUGUUGCUGCCUCGCCACGCAAGGGAAGGGGCGAGCGAAGUCUAAAGUGACCAGUUCGUAACGCAAUCCAAACAACUGCAGAAGGACUGUUGAAUCGCGGACUGAGUCUCUCUGUAGCACCGUCUGACCGUGUCUGAUUGCAGUGGAAGGUGAUUCCAGGAGCACUUCGCCCCAGUUUCAGCAGUGGUUGUUCCUGAAUUCUGUAAACCGAUUUCAGACUGGACAUCAACAGUUUUUAAGUGUUAAAAUGCCACUGGCAGUUUUUUUUUUUGUAGUUCUCUGUACAGUUGUACUAAAGGUUGUGGCCUCUGUGCUUAUCCCUUCUUGCCCGGCAAACGCACUUUCCUUUUCGGCCCCUGCUCAUUUUAAUGCUGGUUCUCAAGCGCUCAGAAGCGCUCCUGCCCACUGUCUCAAGACAGACGUCACUUGCAGUGAUCGGCGAAUGGGAACCGGAGUAUCUUAAUGCCGCUGUUUGUAGCGGAAGACCUCAACAGGUGGUGGCUCGCAGGGGUGGGGUGGGCGAAUUGCACAAACAGGUCUUUGUUUACACAGGAUUGUCACUCUUGCUGGCUUACUGGUCCUCUACUGAACUGUAUUCAGACAUUUGUUAAGAUGUAGCGGUUUUUGAAAAUGACUCUUGAGGUCUUCCUUGUUUGAUGGUAGUCUUGCACUAUUUCCAACAUUUCUGGGACACAAGUUCAUUUUCCAUAACACUCCUCUUUUGUUUUAUUUUGGUUUUUUUUUUACAUUUCUUUGGUGGCCUAGAAGUAAAUAUACUUGAAGUUCCCAUCAGGCAAGGAAGGGAGUAGGUUUUGUUUUCUUCAAUUAUCCCUUUCUUUCCUCCCCACACUGCUGAGCUCGAUCCAGUCUAAUUUCUUACGGUUCUUGGCCUGACAGUUUACCACGUGGUGAAAAGCCUUUCUGUUUCUGGAUCAACCAAACUCCACCAACACUGUGGCUCAAUUUCUCAGCAUUUUGUGUGCGAUGAUCACCCUGGGAUUUUACAUGUUAAGAAAGGAGAAAAAAAAAAGCUGAAGAGCCAUCAUGCUUUCUGGCUAGUUUCAGAAAUGAAUGCUUUGAAUUUAACUGCAUCAAAGAAGUUUACACGCGGUUAAUUUGGUUUUCCACCUCCUGCUGGGUGGCUUGUCUUUCCUCCCCCAUUUCUUUUUAAGGAAACCUUCUAAAGCAAAGGCUGUAAACUUAUUCCACUUGCAAAUGCAGUAGGUGGUUUGUAAGAAAGCAGUACAAAGAGCAAAAUGUGUAUCAUUCCAAUCCUUGUCAUGUUUUCAAUGGAAUUAGAUUACCUUCUUGGCUUUAGCAAGGUGUGGUAGACAGUGGUUUGCCAUAUUAAUUUUCUGUGUUAAAGCAUCUUUUUUUUUUGCUAGUAGAAAACGUGUUGCAGGUGGAGAGUUUUUAUUUAGUUUUCCGUUUUGAAUGUGUUGGACUUAACAUACAAUAAACUACUGAUGUCUGCAUCAUU